AACAUGGAUUUAGACUUUUCAUUUUAUGUAUAGGCUAAAGCCCUGUAUCAAACUAUUGUUGAAAGUAUGCUCAGAAUUCCUUCUAAAAAACUUUUAGCACAAAGGAGACCAACUCCGCAUGAAGUAUUUUUGAUAAUGGACGCAUACAAAUGGGACAACAGAGUUCGUUUUGUAGUGAGGCACAUGUAUGAUACUGACAACAAUGGAUACCUUGACGUAAAUGAUUUUGAAUGUCUGGCCUUGAAAUAUACUAUAUAUGAGGGAAAAGGAAAAUACAAUGUAGAACUUCAUGAUAAGAAUAAGAAAGUAAUGCACGAUCUCUGGACAGAAAUGUCAGAACUAGCUGAUUAUAACAGGGAUGGCAACGUCACUGUGGAAGAGUUCAAGCAAGGCGUCCAAGGCGUGUGCAUGGGCAAGACGUUCGAACAAUUUCCACAAUCCCUUAAACAUGCUAUCAACUGCAAGUUCCAUGCUACUGACGUCAAUUGUGAUGGCCUUGUAUCUUUAGAAGAAUUCCGAUUGGACUGCGUGAACCGCAGUGCUUUCCAGGAUAUAAAAGAAAUAGAUGACUGUUACGACAAACUUGUAAAUGAUGCAGACAAGGCAGCUGGCGGCAUUAAUCAAGCCCGUUAUCAAGAAUUAUACGCCCAAUUCAUUGGAUCACCAGAAUCUGACGUUCCCGGAUGUUACCUCUUCGGACCACUCACCGUUUUUGAAUGAAUCAAUUCCUACACUCUAAUCAAGACAACAUAAUUUCACUGAAAAACAAAUUAUUUAAUUCUACGCCCUGCAAUUUCAUGGUUAUCAAUAUGUUCUAUCAAUGUAUCUUUGUAUCAGGAUGUCAAUGUGCUUCAUACAAAGCCAUUUCGAAGAGACCAGAAGUGGCUUUUAAUGUGGACUUUGUGUUCUGUGCUGAAAGUGUGAACAUAAAAUAUGAAUAUAACAUAAAAUAUGAAUAUCCCAAAUGUAAACGUUUAGAAAAUGUGUUCGUGUGUCAAGAGAUGUGUUUUUAUGUGUUAUAUUACUGAAACCUACUAAUUUGUAGACUUCAAAUGAACCUUAUUAAAAUAUAUCUAAUUGUGAUGCAGUACUAAUUUAUUUUAAUAUGUUUAUAUUUGAAUAACAUUAUUAAAAAACUUAAAAGUUGCUAAAAUUUUUAUCCUUCGAUUCAGGUGCAAGUUGGUAUUUAAUAAAUUUAUAAAAAUAGUCUAAAGAGUAGUCGAUAUUUAACAAACAUCUAUAACUUAAAACAAAAUUUAAUUACUUUUUAAUUUUAAAUUUUAUUAAACAGAAUUAUUUAUUUCUGAUUAUAUGUAAUGCUCAUGGUAGCACUAGUGUCAAUUGUUAAAAUCAUUGAAUACUAUUGCCAAAAUUGCAUAAUUCGCUAAUAAAAUAUAUCUAGUUAAGAUACAAAUUUAUUUUUAAUACGUUCAUAUUUGAAUACGUUAAUAAAUAACUUAACCUAACUAAAAAUUUCUUUCCUUCGACUCAAGAACAUGUUAGUAUGUAACAAAUCAUUAAAAGUAGUCCAAAAAAUAGUUGAUAUUAGACAAAUUCCUUUAAACUUCAACGAAAUUUAAAAAAAAAAUAUCCAUACAUUUCUAAUUAUAUGCAAUUUCUAUGAUAGCACUUAUAUCAAUGAUUAAAAUCAAUAUUUAAUACUAUAGCCAAUAAUACACAUUUAAAUGAUAAAAUAUAUUUAAUUGAGAUUCAGAACUAAUUUGUUUUCUUUAUGUAUAUGUUUGAAUAACGUUAUUAAAUAGUUUUAAUUUUCAACAUUCUGUACAAGUUGAUAUUGCAUAAAUUCAUUGAAAUAGUCCAAAGCAUAGACGAUAUUUAACAAUUUCUUUUAGUCUCAAGACAAAUUUUUUUUAAAAAAUGUGUUCAUUUAGGAAUAUAUGUAAUGUCAAUGAUAGCACUUUUGUCAGUUGUUAAAAUACUAUUGACAAUAUUGCACAUUUCGUUAUUAUAUCAAAGAUCUGUUUUGCAGAAGUGAUUUAUAUUUGUUAGUGUGUAUAUUUGUAUAACGUUAUAAUUCAUUUCAAACAAUAUGUAAUGUAAUAUGAUACCACAUAUAUCAAUUGUUGACUAUUAUGGAGAAGAAAAAAAUCUAUUUACAGUUAUUCGAAAUUAAAAAAAUUAUAAAAUACUUAUCUCAGAUUUAAAUAAAGUAUAUAUCUAUAUAAAUAUGAGUUUUAAACAGACUUUUAAAUAAUGUGCUUUCUGAGCUAGCCAUAAGUAUCUACUGCCUUGCUUCUAACAAGAAAUAAGCAUUUAAAGCAGAGCUCUAAAAUUACUGAAUUUAGAAUAGAAUUUGUACUAUUUUAACAGCAAAAUAUAUAUUCUAUAAGUGAAUUAAAAAAAAAACGUUAUGUAUAUUUAUACUAAAAAGUAGUAAAUUUUUGCAGUAUUAUAUAUCCAGUAAUUAGACAUAUUUAAAUAACGUUACUAAUUGUAUUAAUUAUAUUUAUGCUCCACAGAGCUAUAAUCUUGCACGCAACGCGGCUUUAUACUUCGCGAUCGUGGUCGAAUAAGUGCAUAGUUAUACUUAGACCAGAAUUGCUUAGCUAGUAUAGUUAUAUGCUUGUCAUAAUAGCUGCUAAAAGCCUAUGAAAUAAAUUUUAGAGAAAGCCUAGUAAAGAGUUUAAAACAGAGUUACUAAUAAUUCAGUAAAUGCGUCCUGAGAAACGGUUUAGUUAUAAAUUUGUUUUUCUAUUUGAUAUGAUAUGCAAGCGUAGGAAAUACUAUUUAACUUUUAAAAAAACAAUCCAUAUUAUAAUUUUUUUUAUUUUAUCUUGAAGUAAAUCUAAAAGACAACUAUGAAAAAAAAUCGUUUUAUGUGAGUUUUGUAAUUUAUUUGUCUUUCUUAACGUCCAAGUUGCAUUUCUUCAAUUAUUUUUUGUACUCAAAUACUAAAUUCCAUGAAACUUGAUUAACAUCUGCUUAACUCAUUAUUGCUAAAUUCCUAUCUUUUUAAUUAUUUUUGUCAUCUAAUAUUAAAUGAAUGAACUAGAAAAUUACUAAAAUAAAACUUGCUGUUUUACUUAACUCUUCUUAAUAAUAAACCAUAAAUUCACAAGUCUAAUAAUUCCAAUUAUUUUUAGUUCACCAAUACCAAAUAAAAUGAAUGAAAAUACAAUUGUAAAAUUACUAAAAGAUAAUAGGGCAAUUUUCGCUUAUGCUCAACCUAUUAGUCGCAUUUUCCCAAUUAUUUUUAUACACUAAUAUUAAAUGCAAUGAAAUAAGCUGGCAAAUACCUAAAAAAUUAUUGCUAUUUUCUAACAUUCUGUUCAUUUAUUAUUCUCACAUCGCAUUUUCCCAAUUAUUUUUCAUACACUAAUAUUAAAGGCAAUCAAAUAAGCUGGAAAUAUACUAAAAAUCCUGCAAUUUCCUAAGACCUGCUAAUUUCUUUAAUUCCAAAGUCGCUUUUUCCCAAUGACAUUAAUACGCUAAUAUUAAAUGCAGUGAAAUAAAACUUAAAAAUAACUAAAAAUCCUGCAAUUUCCUAAGAUUUGCUUAAUUUUUUAAUUCCCAAGUCGCAUUUUCCCAAUUAUUUUUUAUACACUAACAUAAAACGUUAUAAAAUCAAUUACUAAAAAAUUCUGUCUGAAUAUUUUCUAGAAAUUUUAUUUAAAGUUAAAAACCGUUACAUAGAUGCUUUAUUCGUAAUGAGCUAUAUAAACCAAUCGCAGCAAAAGGGACGCCUUGAUCGCUUAUAUUCGUAUUUAAAAAAUCUAGAACGAAAGUUGAAUAUUCUAAUGAAAAUAUGAGUAAAUAUAACUGAAUAAUAUUAAUGACUAAAAUAAAUUUAUGUAAAUCAAAAAUACAAUUUUUACAAGCCUUAAAUUUUUUGUCUUUAAAUAGUGACAAUACUGGGUCAAUCAAUGUAAACAUUUUAGUACUUACUGUAGCAUUUGUGUAUUCUUCAUGAUAUUUUAUUAUAUAAAUUUAAAUCAAUUGAUAUAAUUUAUGAUAAAUUAUUAUUAAAAUAAAAUUAGGAAGGUAUUACUUUUACAUGUACACGUAGUAAAGAUCUACGUAUAAAGUUCUAGUGGAUUCAAAAAGGAAAUUUUAUGAUAUCUAAACAUACUAUAGCAAGAAAAUUCGGUGAACAAAUAUUGUUUUGCAAAAUUUAUGGACGUGUGUUAUGUAUUUAAAUAUCUUUAUUUAACGUUAUCUUUUGACAUAGUAGUCCAAUGAUACUGCAAUGAGCUUGUAAACAAAGAGUUUAAGAACAGAUAUCCUAUCUUCCUUUUUGAUAUAUCAUAAAGAUAAUGCAAAGUAUAUAACAUAUUGUGGUAAAAUAUAUUUGGGAAAUGUUGAUUUCCUAUGUGUAAAUGUUUAUUUCCUGUGUAUGUGUUCUCUGUAAUUCACAAUGAUUUUCAUUCUUCAUUUCUUGAAAAGAAGAGACGCAAAUAAAAUGUAUUCGUGUA